AUCCAGUGUUGCUGCCUGCGACGCACCGAGUGCGGAGCGACGAGACGCGCUGCAUACCAACAGAGACACACGGGCGCAGGCUGGUCGAGGCACAAGUGGCGAUUCGCGGCUGGUCAGGACGCACAGACUCCAUCCUGCUCUCCCUCUUCAGAAACAUUUUUAUUUUCCGUGAAGUCAUUGGACAGGUAAAAUCUUUCUCUAGUCGUGCAUUUUCUGAUGUCUCUCCUUUCUUAAAGACAGCAACAAAGUGUCUUGGAUAUUUGUUUUUUUCUGCUCCGAUAUUUUUUCUGGUUCAGAGAUUCUACACGGGAGAAGAUAAACAGCCCCCCACCCCCCACCCCCCACUACCCCCCUCGCCUCUAUCUGUCCAACGGGAGUCAUCAGAAAGGAGAAAAAAGUCAGGUGGAUAAAGAGACGGAUGCUUUCGUCCAGUCACAUGUAGAAACGUUGGACUAUUGCCGUUGACAUUCAUCCACCGGGUCGCUUCUUACGCACCGAUCGCCCGCGACGGCUCGAUAAAGGAGGAAUACCGAGGCAUCUGGCUGCAAUAACAAGCAGGAAAUCAAUCAGAACUCCAUCAUGGGCUGCCCCCUCUUGUGGAACGCGUUCGCUGGUGUGAUCCUGGCUCUGCUGUCGAAGGGUUCCAGUGUGCACGGAGCGGAAUUCGGACACCUGCCGGAUAACAUAACGGUGUUGGACGGAGAAAGCGUCACUUUGAGAUGCCGGAUCGACGAGGAGGUGACCCACAAGGCCUGGCUGAAUCGCUCCAACAUCCUGUUCACGGGGACGGACAAGUGGUCGCUGGACAAGCGCGUGACGCUGGUCAACAGCAACAACAGCGACUUCUCCAUCCACAUCGACAAGGUGCAAGUCACGGACGAGGGGCCCUACACCUGCACCUUCCAGGCCAACAACAAGCCCCGCAUCGCCCACGUCUACCUCAUCGUCCAAGUGCCGGCCAGAAUCGUCAACAUCUCGAAAAACGUGUCGGUGAACGAAGGGGAGAAUGUGAACCUCUACUGUCUGGCAGUGGGCCGGCCUGAGCCCACCGUCACCUGGAAAGACCAGAAAUAUGGCUUGGUAAGUGAGGGGGAGUUCCUCGACAUCACAGAGAUCAAGAGGCAGCAGGCCGAGGACUACGAAUGCAUCACCAACAAUGGAGUGGCGCGGCCUGAUCAGCGUAAGGUCAAGGUCACGGUCAACUACCCUCCCAUGAUCACAGACAUGAAGAACAUGCCAGCCCAUUUGGGAAAGACGGCCAUCUUGCGCUGUGAAGCCAUGGCAGUCCCACCUGCCUCCUUCGAGUGGUACAGAGAUGAGCACAGGCCGGUAGAGAGUGACAACACCCUGAGGAUCAAAAACGAGAAGACGCGCUCGCUGCUGCUUUUCACCAAUGUGACAGAGAAACACUUUGGCAACUACACCUGCUUUGCCUCAAACCGUCUGGGCGCUUCCAACGCCAGCAUGCUGCUGUUUCGACCGGGGGCCAUACAAGGGCGAGGGACGGCUUUACACACAGGAACGAGCGUCUGCGUUUGGGUUUCUCUCUUUGCUGUUCUUCUGCUGAAGGUGUAGAGAUGGAGCUCCGACUGGAAUUGUCCCGAAAAGCCCCCGAAAAGCACCCCCACCCCGACCAAACCUCCCCCGCCCCUCUCCCUCCCUCCCUCCCCCUCAACGGAAGGAAGAAGGAAAUUAAAUUCUUUAAUUACGAACCCAUCACUGUGAACAAAAAAGGAUAUGCAUUAUUCCAGGAGCCAUUGAGUCAUCGCAUCAAACACACAACCGCCUCACCCGACCAAAACCCCAGCGCCCCGCAAUUCCAUUUUGAGGUCAACUCAUUGUCAUUAUCUCUCCCUCUCUUUCCCUCUCUCUCUCUCUAAAACACACACAAACAAGCCUCUCUCUGUUUCUUUGUCUCCCAGAAUGCCUUGCAGAUUUGUCUGACUCGGUACUUCCCUUCUCGCCUCGCUUUGCCCUCAUUAUUACCACUGGGCCGAUGUUGGUGGAGUGUUUAUUAAUGAUUAUUGUGUCGGUGAUCAAUGAGAAAGUAGAUAAUCUAAGAACUGGAUGAUCAUUUAUAUAAUAAACUACACAGACUAAUGACUGACCUACAAUGUUUGCCUUAUGGAAAUUAUACAUAAAAUCACAAUAUUAUGGUAGAUAUUUAUGGGAAUGAAGAAGUGGUGCUGGCGAGUCAAGUGAAAAAAAGUCCCAUUGGUGGCCAUGUGAAGUGUCACCCUUUGAUCACACGCACACACACACACACACACACUCAUGAAUGGCAUUGGAUUUUAACUGUGUAGCAGUGAAGCUGCUAUGAAUGAUGUCAAAAUGUACUUAAAAAAAGGGUUGGUUGUGACAGCGUCAGUCUUAAAUACCCCUUUAUGUAAUUUGGGGGAUUUAUACCAAGGUUUCGCAUGUCGACCCCCAUGCCACCCGAACCCUUUCAGCCGCCCCUGUCCCUCUGUUCAACGUGCUCUGUCUAGUCGCCCCCUCGCAUCGCUAUAGUGUUCCCCGCUCUGUGUCAACCUCCCUCCCUCCCUCCCCAGUGUAAAUAUAUGCAGUACAGAGGCCACGCCGGUGACCUCAAGUUGCCUGGUGACGAACGACAUCUCCCAUCAGCCUCGACUACGCUCCAGUCUUCUGAAGCAGCAAGAGACUGUCCGGUGGCAACAAAUAUCUUCUGUUUCAGAGCUGCAGCUCCACCCUCUGUGUCGCUUGUUGAUAGCAUGUACCGGUUAGAGAUGUUCCUGUUGUGAGUCCAUACUCCCUACACUCCCCCCCCUGCCCCCCACCUCCCCCUGCACUGUGUCUGUUUUACUCUGCAAGGUUACCUGCUUUUACUUUGUUGGUGUUAAUAAUACUACCGAUGAUGAUGUUAAAAAAAAAGUAUUUGAAUAACUAUGAAUAGUGAUUCCAUGUGAGAAAAAAAAAUGAACAAAUUCUGAUGGUGAUGAGCCGUGCGUGGGGGAAAAUAAUUUUUGUACUUUACUCUGAGAAGUCACACACAUUCACAAAAAAACAAAACAAAAAAAAGAUGUAAAGUUUUCAAAGUGAUGUGCUCUAUUUUGCCAUGACAAGCUUUUUAAAAGUCACAUUUGAACCAG